CGCCCAAGGACCGGCUCAGUAGCGCCCGAGGGGGUCUGUCGGCAGCCGCUGUCCGCCGCCGCCGCGACGAGCUCGUGACCAUGCUGGCCGUGACGGAGGCGGAGACAGCGCCGGCGCUGCCGCCGCCCUUCUCCGUGGAGAGCAUCCUGGGCAGGCGGCCGGAGCGGGCCGGCACGCAGCCUCCGACCCGGGCCGGAGCCGAGCGGCCCGGCGCCGCCGCCGCCGCCGCUGACGACACCAUCGAUGUCGACAUCGACACGGAGGACACCGAGACCGGUCUGUCGACAGGUCUGGACGCUGUCGGCGAGGGGGACGCCGUGGAGGGAGACGAGGGUGCCGGGGAGCGUCCCAGGAAGAAGCGCUCGCGAGCCGCCUUCUCACACGCCCAGGUGUACGAGCUGGAGCGGCGCUUCUCCCACCAGAAGUACUUGUCGGGCCCGGAGCGCGCCGACAUGGCGCAGGCGCUCAAACUCACCGAAACUCAGAUAAAGAUCUGGUUCCAAAAUCGGCGCUACAAGACGAAGCGGAAGCAGCUGCAGCAGGAGCUGAGCUCUCAGGCGGCGCGCAAGGUGGCCGUGCGCGUGCUGAUGCGUGACGACCAGCUCGUGUACGAGCCGGAGCCGGCCGCCGCCGCCGCCGCCGCGGCGGCCGCGGCGCGCUGCCGGCCGCCGGUGCUGUUCCCGCCGCUCUCGCUGCCCAGCUUCCCGGGCUUCUACUACCCGUACCUGUACAGCCAGCUGGGGCCGCACCUGCUGCCGGCCGCCGCCGCCAUGAACGUCUACAGCAGCCUGCUGGGCGAGCGGCGCGGCCCGCCCGGCCCGCCCGCGCCGCCCCCGCCCCCGCCCGAGCUCACGGCCGACGAGCCCGCCGCCGCCGUCCGAAAAUCGUCCGGCAGCGAGCCCGAGUGAAGAGACGCCGCCGUGAGACACGGCAGUGCGAUACCUACGAGAAUGAGCGAGGGCAGAAGGGUGGGUACAGGCUGAAUAAGAAGGGUAAGACUACUUUUAAAAGGGACACGAUUUCAUCCGAGCUUGUUGUUAUCUGGCCAACAGAGUGGAUGAGUACGGGAGCGGAAAAGCUUACUUUAUAAUGUUUACUUGUCAUCUUUAUAAGUUUAUUCACCCUGUUUCGAAUAUGUUAUUUGAGGGUUAUGGAUUUUAUCAAAGCUGACGAGGUGAUUCCUAUGUGCCCGACGGAAACCCACACAAUAAACUUGACUUUCAACAGGCAUUAAUUUCAUUAACUAGGUAUAUUCCCUGGUCAGACACAUUUGAUCGGUUAAAAAAUCAUUGGCACUGUGUCCAUGUCUGCAUAUAAAUGCGUGCGUUAAGUUCUUACCUGAGGAGAGAUGUACUGCUUUUGGGACAGUGUUGACACGAGUAGAGAUAGCGAAGGCUCGCCCGCAUGUCCAUGAGGGGCUGCUUGACUACGUGGACAUAUGCUUGUGUUGUUGUAGCAUUCAUGCUUCACCCAUAGCUGAUGGCUAUGUUGUUUCACGCUACGAGACAUUUUCUGUGUUCGUUGUGCGGUUUAAAGCUCGUCGCUACUUCCUUUACAUAUCACUUUCGUCGCUGGCUUUUAGUAUAAUAGCACACUAUACAUUUUUGGGAGAGCAAUGCUUUACAUCAUUCAUUCCUUAUGUAAAGAGAGCGAUUCUAUCUUCUGUCCCUACGCUGUGAUGGUUGAGUCAUAAUGGCUAAUUAACGAUAGUGUGAUUCGUUCCGUCACAAUUGUUGCCCAGGUGAGCUAGCUAGAUUAUUGGCAGAGUAUCGGCGGUGUCUAAGGGCAGCGAAUCUCACGAAUUCGGUCUGCCGCUAUGCCAGGUGCGCCGUGUCAGGUGCACUCUGGAAAACCGUGUAUAUGGCGUCGCCCAACUUCUGCGGCUGGCCGGAGCUUGGCCUUUGUUAUGUUGUGAUGACUGUGAAAUGUAUAUGUAUUGCACCCGGGGUAUCAAGCACAAAUAUAUGUUAAUGUAACA